UUUACCAGACACACAAAGUUUGCCUACUUACAGAAUGGCGUACACACCAGCAAAUUCCUACGAUAAUGAUCAAAAGAUGUGGAGCGGUGAGCCGAUUGUCAAAUACUUCGAUCCGGACUUGUCCAUCGGAGAGAUCAUUUUCCACGAGAUGCGGCGGCAUCCGCAGCUUACUGCCCAGAUCUCUGCCACGGAGGGUACUGUGCUGACCAGAGGGGAGCUCCUUGCCAACGCCAUGCGAGUGGCCAGCUAUAUGCGAUCAGAGGGCCUCCUUCAAUCCGAUAUAGUGGGCAUCAUAGGCCGGAAUACCACCCAUAUGCUUGCCGUAGCCUACGCUUGUUUCUUCAACGGAAUAGCUUUUCACUCGCUCAACAUUACCUACGAUCGCGAUACGAUCGAAAAGAUCUACAAGGUCACAAAACCUUCCAUAAUCUUCUGCGAUGGAGAUGAGUUUGAGAAGGUUCGAUCUGCCACCGCACAACUGGAUGUUAAGCUCGUCACCAUGCGCAAUCAUCCAGUGGAUUCCAUAAAGAUCGAUGAAGUUGUUGCCACGCCCAUCGAAGAAAACUUCCAGCCAGCAAAGCUGGAACGGGGCAACGAUCAGACUUUGGCCAUUCUCUGCUCUUCGGGAACAACUGGAACUCCAAAGGCUGUAACCAUAACUAACAGUCGGCACAUUCUCGCAGGCAACUAUCAUCUGACCACCGCUGAUAUUCAGUACUCCCACAACACCCUUGACUGGAUCACCGGUUUGCUAACCACCAUUACCUCCGGAGUGUUCAGCACUACCCGCAUCAUCGCGGACAAUGCCUUCGAUCCCGCCUUUGCCAUGCGAAUCAUUGAGGAGUACAAGGUUACGUGGACCAUACAGCCUCCAUCCUCUAUGGCUCUAAUGAUUAACUGCCCAGAAUUCGAGACUUGCGACCUGUCGAGCCUGCGGUGCUACAUGUUCGGAGGAUCACGGGCUGCCUUGGAGGUUCAGAAAGGCAUCCGUAGCCGUCUUAGCCAUGAUUGCCUGCAGUUUGUUUAUGGAUUUACAGAACUGGGUGCCAUGGCCACCAUCAACUGUCACUUCGACGAGAAAACCGGAUCGGUGGGUCGAUUGGUCAAUGGGCUGAAGUUGAAGAUUAUCAAUGAUGAGGGCGCAUCGCUUGGACCCGAUGAAAUCGGAGAGGUGUGCAUCAAGAACCACCAGCACUGGUCGGGAUACUACGGAAACGAAGUUGAGACUUGUGGCAUGCGAGAUUCACUGGGAUGGUAUCACUCCGGAGACCUCGGAUACAUGGAUCGAGAUGGCUUCCUGUACAUUAUGGACCGCAAGAAGGAGAUGCUGAAGUACCAGAACAUCAUGUACUAUCCAAACGAUAUUGAAAGCGUCAUCUCAGAGAUGCCCCAGGUCGCCGAGGUCUGUGUCUUCGGGAUAUGGAGCAACAUCUUUGGAGACGAAGCUGCUGCUGCUGUCGUUAAGAAACUGGGCAGUGAGCUGGAGGCCCAGGAUGUGGUGGACUAUGUGAGUUCUCGGACUGAUUCCAAGUACAAGCAGUUGAACGGAGGAGCCGUCAUUGUGGAGGACCUGCAGCGAAGUGCCAAUGGAAAGACCAAUAGAAUGGCCAAUAAGGCCCACUUUUUGCAUAUGAAAAAUAGGAGCUGAACAUUUUAUUUAUAUUUUUGUAUAUCAGUUAGUAAAAUUAAAAUUAAUU